AUGAUCGGUUAUUCACUUCUCCUUCUUUUCUUCCUAUGGCCAUCAAAUAUAAUCGCCUUAGUGAAUUAUAAAACUGCUUGUGAAUUAUUGAAACUUCCACGUGAUUGUCAUUGUCAACGUACACGUGGUGUACCAAUAUCAUCAUUAAAUGAAACACGUUUACGAUGUCGUCAAUUUACUAAAAUAACAACAGAUUAUCGUUGGUCUAUUGUACCAUAUGAUCGUUUAGCAUUUGAAACUUCGAAUGAUAAUUUAACAUUAUAUCGUUUUGCAUUUGCUGAUAUUCUAGCCCGAACAUUACGUUUUAGUGUUCGAAAUCUUUUUUUAAAUGAUCAUGCAUUUGAAAAUGCUUAUAUUGGUCAAUUAGCUAUAUCAUAUACAGAUAAUUAUGGUUUAAUAAAUUUUGAAUUAAAUGGACAAAUAUUUUAUGGUACAACAAUAACAAAUAUAUAUAUUAAAUCAAUCGAUUUUCAAACACAAAUAUCUGAAAUUAUAUUAUCAAAUGCAAAAGUUCAUACAUUGCUAAUUGAAUCAUCAAAAUUUUAUGGUUUUACAAAUAAAAAAUUAUUAUUUAGUCAUCAAAAUGAAACAAAUCAUCAAAAUAAUAAUCAAUAUGAUAAUUUUCUUGAAUAUGAUACAAUGUUAACAACAAAUUUAUUAUAUCAAACAAGUAGUCAAUCAUCACCAUUAAAAAUUCGUCGAACAAAAAAUAAGAAAACUUUACGUCAAAUAUUUGAAACAAAUGAUGAAAAUUCAUCAUUACCUGAACAAACUGUUAUGAUUAAUAUAACAUCAACUCCUCUUCCGACUUUUAUAACUAUUUAUACAAUUAUAUCAAGUAUUAAUACAACAAAUUUAACAGAAAAUUAUUUUCCAAAUAAUUUAGAAUAUAGUCAAACAGAUGAAAUUGAAUUAAGUCAUAAUUAUAUUUAUUCAAUAGAUGCAUAUGCUUUUCGUCAUUUACAAUUCUUUGAAGGACGAUUAAUAUUAACAUAUAAUCAUAUUCAGUAUAUAUCUCCAUAUGCAUUUUCUUAUUUAUAUUCAUUAAAUAAUUUAUCAUUAGCUAAUAAUUAUAUUCAAAAUUUGUCAUCAAUACAUUUUGAAAAUUUAAAUCAAUUAUAUGAACUUGAUUUAAGUUUUAAUCAAAUGUAUCAUUUAAAUCAUGAUACAUUUCAAUAUUUAUAUAAUUUACAUAUAUUACGUUUAAAUAAUAAUCCAUUAAAAUUAAUUGAUUCAAAUGUAUUUACAAAUUUAACUCGUUUAAAAGAAAUUCAUUUACAAGGUGUACCAAUAAUUCAAUUAAUUGAUCCACAAUAUUCACGUUGGAUUUGGAAUUUAGCUAGUUUACAUGUGAAUUAUUUACUUAAUACAAAGUAA